AUGGGAAGAGCUAGUGUGCUAUCUCUAGUGGUUGUGUGCUUCAUCUUGACCUUGAGGCUGAGGGUUAGUAAUGCUAACACCGAAGUUGAGGCCUUAUACGCCUUCAGGCAAGCCCUAAGUGAUCCUGAUGGCAAUUUAAACAGCUGGGACUCUACUCUUGUCAACCCUUGCACAUGUUUCCAUGUAACAUGCGACGGCUCAAGCAAUGUAAUAAGAAUUGAUCUCGGCAAUAUGGGUUUAUCUGGGCCAUUGGUUCCCGAACUCGGAAAUUUGACGAACCUGCAAUAUUUGGAGGUAUACAUGAAUAAGAUAAAUGGGACUAUACCAUCGGAGCUUGGACAACUUACUCAGUUGGUCAGCUUGGACCUUUACGACAACGAACUCACUGGCGAUUUUCCACAGGAGUUGGCAAAUUUGAAGAAUACUUUGAAAUUCCUUCGGCUAAAUGAUAAUACGGGUUUAUCAGGUACCUUACCUGAUGACCUGGCGUGUAGCCCAAAGCUUGCAGUUAAGAAUGUAACGGGAACUGGUGUGACCCCCCCUACAUGCCAGUAA